CAAAGAAGGCAGAUACAUCUAGGCUGGAUCUAGCUUUGGUUUUUUUGAUAGCUUUUUAUUUUACAUGUUGUUCAAAACAUUUCCGUUGUAGCUUUUGAAGAGAGAAUUCUCUUGAUUCUGAUUCUCCCUUUAUCAUAUUCUCCUUUAGACCUAGCUGACCAGGAUAGAGAAAAUGACCAUGUCAACAGACACAACGAGCGUCACUUUGCCGGCAUCGCGGUACUAUGCGGCGCAGGACUUGUCGGGUAAAACCGCGCUCGUCACUGGCGCCACUGCGGGUAUUGGCGAAGCUAUCGCAUGCCGCUUCGCAGAACUUGGUCUGAAGAAGCUGGUGCUAUGUGGUCGUCGCACAGAACGUCUGGAUGCGCUCAAGAAGCGACUUGUUUCUUAAGGCCGCUAGAUGUUUCACGACCUCACUCACAUUUAUCCACAGGGAACAAAAUUAUGACCAGGAAGAUAAGAAAAAGAGAAGUAGAUUGUCCUCAUGAUCUAAGUCUCUGAAAUCAAGGAUCCCUCUCUUGAAACCAGCAUCGUCUGCAUUACUCUUGACGUCACCGACAAGGGAGCCGUCGAGAAGAUGGCUGAGGAAAUCGGCGUGAUCGACAUCUUAGUAAACAACGCUGGGCUUGCCUUGGGCACGGGUGCAGCCGACGAAACUCCGUAUGAGGACACCAUGCAGAUGUUUCAGACCAACGUGAUCGCCUGCUGUCAUCUGACUGCUGUCUUCGGGUCUAAGAUGCGCAAGCAAGGAUAUGGCCACCUGCUCUUUAUCUCCAGCGUGGCAGCGAAGGACUACUAUGAAGGCGGUUCUUCAUACUGCGCCACGAAGCACGCGAUUCGCGGCUACGCGGAUGCUUUGCGGUGUGACGUUGCGGGAACGCCGUUGCGCGUCACUACUAUCUCUCCAGGAAUGGUGGAAACGGAAUUUUCGGUGGUGCGAUUCAAGUUAUGGUGAAGAAUUUUGUUAUAGUAGACUUAGAACUUCGACGGACAACUCGUUUACUUUCAUUCACGUUAAAUAGUAGACUUCUCAGAGUCAGAAGUAUCGUUUAGAUCUAGGAAGAGUGCCACCUGAAGAUUCGUUGUAAAAAUUAUCAACCUCGUCUUCUUUUUCUGGUUUUUUCUAGUUACCCGCUCCACCGCAAAUUAUAGCGUAUAUAGCCAUCAUUCACAUCGUCUUCUUUCUGAACAAGGUGUACUUUGCAUCCAUUAGUACUAGAACUUCUUCUGACCGGGGUCAUCUAAUCAAAGGCGACGCAGGAAAAGCAGGCAGCGUGUACUCAGGCAUCGUACCUCUUUGCCCGGCUGACAUCGCUGAUCAGGUUACUUAUUCCGUAACCAGACCUCGCCACGUCCAAAUCGCCGAUAUCUUGUGCUACACUACGAAUCAGGCACACGCGAAGUACUGCGUCUCGAGGCAGGGAGACUCUCUGGGAGCACCUCAAGGAGCUUAG